ACCCGUUCAUGACCCAACCGCUAUAAAACACCCUUCACCGUUUCCUCCCUUGCGUUUCCCUUUGAGUCUAUACAUAAAUCAACACUGUAUACUUUUCUCGAUUGUUCAGAUAACAAUCGGAUCAUCGAUUUUCCGAGGUUUUGGUCUGCUUGAGAAACAAACUUUCUGUUCUGUGGCUUAGACAGCUAUGGGCCGUAGACAUGUACUCAAGGCACCUCAGAUUUUUGAGACCGAUAAUAAUCAGGAGUGGAAUCAUGCAGAGCAACCGCACUUGCAUAUGGCAAGGGCCGGUGGUUCUGAUGGCAGUGCACAUAUUCAUCCUGUUGAUAAUAUGACAAUCCAAGGUGGACACUCCACUUCUAUGUGGACUGCUGCUCCUAUGCCGAGUGGACACUCUUCGUCCAAUCUUAAUGUUGAAAUGGCACAUUAUCAACCACAGGCUCCUGGCCCAUCGCAUGAUCCUUUUCUUCAUCAAUCUCCUUCUGGGAACUUCCUUAUGCUUCAAGAAAAUUACCCACAUCAUGCAUCCUCAUCCAAUCUUCCUCGGCAAACAGUCCCUUGGGUAGAUGGUGGUUUUUCUGAUCCGACAGUGGUCAAUGACAGGGGCCCAUAUAAGCGAAAGAGCCCUGGAGCCCUUCCAAUACAUGAGAGUGGCAGUGCUAGAAGAUAUCAUAAUGUUGGAAGUUCGUCAGAUCUCUCCUUUCCCUCUGACCCAUGGCAGGAGACGCAGACGACUGAAUCUUAUCAUACACCUUUGGAGAAUCCUCCUAGUUACAGGGUUAAUAGUGUUUGUGUUGGUGGUGAAGGUGCUCUGAGGAAUAUCAGGAGUAGAGCUGAAGUUGACAUGGAAAAUAUUCCGAGUUCAAAUGCUCCAACGAGGGAAUGGAAUCAUAGGGUCAUAUCUACUACUGGUCAUGAUACCAUUUUUUACUGUCAAGAGCCCAACUCCCUGAAUACAGUGAACAAUCAUCCUAGUGCUUCCCUAGAGGAUGAGGGGUGCCACAAUGGUGUUACCUCAAGUAGAAACCCUGUUUUUCCAAAUGUACAGCCCAACUCGAGGCCGUCUGUCAGAGGAUUUAGGAGUGUUGGUCCAAGAUAUGCUCCAUCUUCCAGACCUUCGGACAACUUGAGCCCUGGUCAAGUGAUGACCUCAGAUGAAGGGCUGCAAAUGGUUGCAGGAAGUUAUCCCUCGAGGCAUCCACGAGUGUUUCCAACCGUAAGAUUCCGCAACAUUGACAGAAAUGGGAGAAAUAGUAAUAGAUAUAGCUCCUUUCCAGGACAGGGUCUCGUGGGUCAGUCAGCAUAUUAUGGAUCCAGAUAUCCCUCUGAUCAGCAUACGGGCAUGAGGCUUGACAUAGACAACAUGAGCUAUGAGGAACUCCUCGCCCUAGGGGAGAGGAUUGGAAAUGUCAGCACUGGCUUGUCUGAGACUUUGAUCUCGAAGUGUUUGACUGAGUUGAUAUAUUGUUCGUCAGACCAAUUCCAAGAAGAAGAAAAGUGUAUUAUCUGUCUGGAGGAAUACAAAAACUUGGAUGAUGUCGCAACUCUGAAAAUCUGUCACCACAAUUAUCAUGUGAGCUGUAUACGGAAAUGGUUAUCGAUCAAGAAUUUAUGCCCAAUCUGCAAGGCUUCUGCUUUGGAUGAGAGCGCGGAGGAGAAAUGAUGUACUCACAUUCUGUUAUAUUAUACCCGAUCUUCUUGUAAAUAUAUUUUACAUAAUCCUCGGAACGUAGGAAAUGGAUUCAAAUAGACAUUGUAGGCAAAUGCCAACUUGAUUUAUUUUUUGAUGGUGCCUUCAUUGUUUAGGAUCUUUGCUAGUGGUUCUACACGACUUGUUAGUAUCCCUUUGACCACUUUAUUUAUAUACAUUAUUGAA